CAACGGAAUGCCUAUCAUCCAUCAUCAUUAUCACCAUCACCGUCUCUUACACUUGUUCUCUCUCCCCACACUGCUACUGCUGCUGCUUCGGCAAAAGAAGAUAUCCUCAGUCAGAUCGUACGAUUCUGGAGUGCAUAAUUCUGCAAUUCUUUCCAGUUUAUAUAGCAAAGAAACUGUGUCCGACUGAGAGAGAAGAAUUCUGUAACUUGUUAAUCGCUUAGAAUUUGAGUUCAAUGAAGACAGAAAUAUCAAAAUAUUCGUGAAAGUAGAAUUAAGAGCAGAGGAACUGAAACAUUGAUCAGAAGAAGAUAUUAAGUGCAAGUAGAACGGAAUAAGAGACGUUGUGAUUAUGGAGGUUGUGGAGGUACCAGUGAAGAUGACAAGAGAACGGGAGGUUUUAGAGGUGGCCGAAACAAGGAAGAGGAAGAACCGUGAUGAUGAUUUGGUGGAGAUGUCACCAACUGCAGCUCGCGUUAGAAGUCAUUCUGGAGUCUCAGUUGCACCGGCAAGUUUUGAAUCUCCAGCGAGCGAGUUUAGUUCUCAGGGAAAUACUGUUUCGUAUAAACCGGCUGUGAGUUCUAACUUUGAUGACGGUUUACCAUCUUGCUUUGGAGAUAAUGAAUCAAGCGAUGUCACAAAAGGAAGCUCGAAAUUUGUAGAUCUGGAUGAGGACGGUGUGGAAAUUGCAACCAGUUAUUCAGAAUUCAGAGAAAGAGAGACAAUACUAUCCAGCAAAUUCAAAGUUGAACUUCACAAACUGGAGUCAACACCGAAACCACAACAUGCUAAAUCUUGCCGCCGCCGAUUAACAGAGACAAAGAUGCCCUCCGAGGUUGACCUUGACGAGUUCUUUGCUGCAGCCGAGAAAGAUCUCCAUAAACAUUUUGCAGAAAAAUACAACUUUGACUUUGCAAAAGAGGAGCCAUUGGAAGGUCGCUACAAAUGGGUUAAACAAUGAAACCAUGAAGAUAAGUCCACAAGACCAACACAAUAUUUAAAGGCCAAGGCCAUAACAAUAGCAGCAGUUGCUUCUUAAUCUAAUUUGUUAGUGGUGAUUCUAGUAUUUCCAAAUAUAUUUAACUGUUCACUCUUUUAAACUAGUAGUUCUCUCUUUUUUGUUUUCUUAUGGCUUUAUGAUUUUGGUUUCCAUGGGGCGGGAGUUCAAUUUGAAUAUGUACAGCCCGGGAGCACGAAAUCUCUCUGUGUUAAUUAAAUUUAGUUGCAUAUAGAAGUUAUUCACGGAGAAGCUGCCUCUGCAAAUCAUUUGCUUUGGAGAAACCAAUAUUGACUGAAGAAUAAGAAGUCAUCUUCUUAUCAUCAUUUGUGAGUUUAAAUUUUUUUCGAGUUUGAUAGCCUCUCCAUCGUAAUGGGGCGUAGUAGUAUACGAUAUUGAAUGUCUUUUGGCAGUGCAAUUGUACUUAUGUGAGUGUAUGUUUUCCAUCUUUCUCCACGGUUUAAUUGCUAGUAGAGUAUGAGAUUGAGGCAGAAAUUAAAAAUUGGAAAGUUGGCCGUUAAUUGUUACAGUGCUUAGUUCGCCAGUAAGACACUGAAAUUUGAGUCUCAUGAUUUGGUGAUUCUGUUGGAAUGUAUGUGUAAAUGUACAUUUUCUUCAAGUGAAGAUGGGACUAAAGAACUGACAUCCAAAGGGGAGGAUGGAAUAUUCGCUGGAGGCAUUGAAGCAGUGAGCAGAGACCGUAGGCAGUGAGUGAUAGGUAACAGUACAGAAAAACGAAGCAAUAGGCCUUGCCGUGUAAGUUACGGACACGUGCUGGGUAAAAGAAAGCUAUCCUUGUACAGGCUUUUAGUAUUGUGGACCUCUCCAUGUAGCACAAAGUACUCUACGCACUUAGUGAAACAAAUA